AUAGGUAAUUGGUGGAGGAUUGAGAGAGUGCGGUGUUGGUUAAACAUGUGGAAGUUUGGUGCUUGAACUUGAACGCCGAACAUUGCGAUUCAGAGAGAGAGAGAAGAGAAUGGCCAUGGCCCGAAGAGUCCCUCGUAAUGUUUUGGGAUUGGUCAAAAGGAACAUCUUUCAUUGCCCCGAUGCCGUUGGAAUUGUAGCCAAGCUAUCCGACUGUAUUGCCUCUAGAGGUGGAAACAUUCUCGCCGCUGAUGUUUUUGUUCCUGAAAAUAAACAUGUCUUCUACUCCAGAAGGGUGAAGCAGCCGCCACGACCACCACCGCAUGUUGUUCUUCUCUCCAUGCUCAUGCGGCUUCGCGCUUUCAAGCUUUCCUUCAAAGCCAUUAACAAACAAAAUCCCACCUUGAGCAUCCUUUGGCACCCAUUUUCCUCUGCCGCACUCGCCGACUCCAACACCCCUUUCACACCUCCCUCCUCUUUCUCCACCUUCGACGUUCUCCAAACCCUACAUCACCUCCAUAACAACCCCUCCCACGCUCUCUCCUUCUUCACACACCUCCACCACACUGGUUUCUCCCAUACCAUCUCCACCUACGCCGCCAUCAUCAAAAUCCUCUCUUUCUGGAACCUCCAACGCCAACUAGACACCCUUUUCCUCCACCUCAUCAACCACGACCACCCUCCUCUUCCCUUUCCCCUCCUUAACCUCUUCGAAACACUCUUCCAAGACUUCAACACCAGCCACAAAAACAACUACUUCUUGCUUAGAGCAUUUAACGGUUUUGUCAAAACCUGUGUCAGCCUCAACAUGUUCGAUAAGGCCAUUGAUUUCCUCUUCCAAAUCCGGCGCCGUGGAAUCCUCCCCGAUGUUUUGACUUGCAACUUCCUCUUCAACAGGCUGGUGGAGCAUGGUGAGGUGGAUAAGGCAUUGGCUGUUUAUGAGCAGCUCAAGAGGUUUGGCUUCAUCCCCAAUUGUUACACCUAUGCAAUUGUUAUCAAGGCAUUGUGUAAAAAAGGUGACUUGAAACAACCCCUUUGUGUGUUUGAGGAAAUGGAGAAAGUUGGGGUCAUUCCUCAUUCGUAUUGCUUUGCUGCUUACAUUGAGGGGCUUUGUAAUAACCAUAGGUCUGAUUUGGGGUUUGAGGUUCUGCAGGCAUUUAGGAAAGGUAAUGCGCCUUUAGAGGUUUAUGCGUACACCGCAGUUGUUCGUGGGUUUUGUAAUGAGAUGAAGUUGGAUGAGGCUCAGGGUGUGUUUGAUGACAUGGAGAGGCAGGGGGUGGUUCCUGAUGUGUAUGUUUAUUCUUCACUGAUUCAUGGGUAUUGUAAGAGUCAUAAUCUUCUCCGGGCUUUGGCUUUGCACGAUGAGAUGAUUUCGAGGGGUGUGAAGACAAAUUGUGUGGUUGUUAGCUACAUUCUGCAUUGUUUGGGGGAGAUGGGGAUGACUUUGGAGGUGGUGGACCAGUUUAAGGAGUUGAAGGAAUCCGGGAUGUUUCUUGAUGGGGUGGCCUACAACAUUGUGUUUGAUGCUUUGUGUAUGUUGGGGAAAGUGGAGGAUGCGGUAGAGAUGGUGGAGGAGAUGAAGAGUAAGCGUUUGGGUUUGGAUGUUAAGCACUACACGACACUUAUCAAUGGGUAUUGCCUUCAGGGUGAUCUUGUUACUGCGUUUAACAUGUUUAAGGAAAUGAAAGAAAAGGGUUUAAAACCUGACAUUGUCACAUAUAAUGUACUGGCAGCCGGGUUGUCUAGAAAUGGUCAUGCUCGUGAGACAGUGAAGCUUUUGGAUUUUAUGGAGAGUCAAGGCAUGAAGCCAAACUCUACUACACACAAGAUGAUCAUUGAAGGCUUGUGUUCUGGAGGCAAGGUUUUAGAAGCUGAGGCAUAUUUUAACAGUCUGGAAGAUAAGAAUAUUGAAAUCUACUCUGCCAUGUUGAAUGGCUAUUGCGAAACAGACCUUGUCAAAAAAUCAUAUGAAGUUUUCCUUAAGCUGUUAAACCAAGGAGAUAUGGCUAAGGAAGCUUCCUGUUUCAAGCUACUUAGUAAACUCUGCAUGACAGGUGACAUUGAGAAAGCUGUUAAGUUGCUGGAGAGAAUGUUGUUGUCGAAUGUGAAACCAAGCAAAAUAAUGUAUUCCAAAGUUUUAGCUGCACUGUGCCAGGCUGGGGAUAUGAAGAAUGCUCGCACUUUGUUUGAUGUUUUCGUUCAUAGAGGAUUCACUCCUGAUGUUGUAACUUACACGAUUAUGAUAAAUAGUUAUUGUAGGAUGAAUUGCUUGCAAGAGGCCCAUGACCUUUUCCAGGAUAUGAAGAGGAGAGGGAUCAAACCUGAUGUCAUUACCUUCACAGUUUUACUUGAUGGGAGCUUAAAAGAAUAUUCAGGUAAACGUUUCUCUCCUCAUGGAAAAAGAAAGACAACGCCACUUUAUGUUUCCACCAUCUUGAGAGAUAUGGAGCAAAUGAAAAUAAAUCCGGAUGUUGUUUGUUACACUGUGUUGAUGGAUGGACACAUGAAGACAGAUAACUUUCAACAAGCAGUUAGCCUCUUUGAUAAAAUGAUUGAGAGUGGACUAGAACCAGAUACUGUAACAUACACUGCUUUGGUCUCUGGCUUAUGUAACAGAGGGCACGUGGAGAAAGCUGUUACACUGCUUAAUGAAAUGUCUUCCAAAGGAAUGACACCAGAUGUGCAUAUCAUCUCAGCUUUGAAACGUGGUAUUAUAAAAGCUAGAAAGGUGCAAUUUCAUACGUAGUUGGUGAGUUUAGAUGGUUGGCGCUUGGAUUUAUUCUGAUUUCUAAAAUGUAUCUGGUCAAUUCCUAAAGGUUGAAAAGAGAAGAGCUAUGCAUAUUUGCAGAUCAGUUACCAGGAUGUAAUUGUAUGUAGGAUGAUGAAGGGAGUGAGCAAUUCACAGAAGAUGGCUCAGUUAACUUUAGAGGAGAGCCUAUUCUUAAGAAGGAUACUUGCAGUUGAAGGGCUUGUCCUUUUAUCCUAGGUGGAGGAAUUGAAAAUCUUGAUCU